GACUUCCACACUCCAUCACAACAGCGUACAUCUCUUGGCUAUCUAGUAUCUACUAUCUACUAUCAGAACUCUCAUCUUCUCUACCCUCUUCUCUUGCCAAAUUCUUGCCCUAUGGCGAAGGACAUUGAAGUUGGAGGACAUGGAAGUGAUUUCCAAGCCAAGGACUACCAUGACCCUCCACCCGCACCAUUGAUAGAUGCUGAGGAGCUCACACAGUGGUCGUUUUACAGGGCUAUAAUUGCUGAGUUUAUAGCUACCCUGUUGUUUUUAUACAUCACUGUUUUGACUGUGAUUGGUUACAAGAGCCAAACUGACCCUACCAAGAACGCCGAUGCAUGUGGUGGUGUUGGAAUUCUUGGUAUUGCUUGGGCCUUCGGCGGCAUGAUCUUUAUUCUUGUUUACUGCACUGCUGGUAUCUCAGGUGGGCAUAUAAACCCUGCUGUGACAUUUGGGUUGUUUUUGGCGAGGAAGGUGUCUCUGGUGAGAGCUGUAUUGUAUAUGGUAGCUCAAUGCUUGGGUGCCAUUUGUGGAUGUGGGCUCGUGAAGGCAUUCCAAAAGGCUUAUUAUAAUAGGUACGGUGGUGGAGCCAAUGAGCUUGCUGAUGGGUACAGCACAGGCACUGGAUUGGGAGCUGAGAUCAUUGGUACUUUUGUCCUUGUCUACACUGUUUUCUCUGCUACUGAUCCCAAAAGAAACGCUAGAGACUCCCAUGUUCCUGUCUUGGCUCCACUUCCAAUUGGAUUUGCUGUGUUCAUGGUUCACUUAGCCACAAUUCCAGUCACUGGCACUGGUAUCAACCCAGCUAGGAGCCUUGGAGCUGCUGUGAUCUACAACCAGGACAAGGCCUGGGAUGACCAAUGGAUUUUCUGGGUUGGACCUUUCAUUGGUGCUGCAAUUGCUGCAUUUUACCAUCAGUACAUCUUGAGAGCAUCUGCUGCUAAAGCUCUUGGAUCAUUCAGGAGCAGUUCCAACAUAUGAUUCAGGGGGAAAAUGUUCUCUAUGCUUCUGAAGUUGAGAGUUUUAUCUGGUCCUUAAGCUUUGGGGCCUUUGGAAUUUGUACAUUAAUUAUGUAUGUUUGUGUGUGUGCUUGAUGCUUGGGCACUUGGUUUUAUUUGUGCCCAAAAUGUUGUUUCCUUUCCCUUUUUGUGGUCAUUGUAGUCAUGAUGAUGUUAAUCUCUAAUAAAAAAAAUUAUUUCU